CUCCCUUGUGAGGAGACGCCGUCGGCGGCCUGGCCUGUGAAGGAAAUAAAUAGAGAAACAGAUAUAUUUAUUGGUACUAUUUUGUUUGGUGGCAAAAAGGGAAAAUGGCGAACGACUCCCCUGCAAAAAGUCUGGUGGACAUCGACCUCUCCUCCCUACGGGAUCCUGCUGGGAUUUUUGAGCUGGUGGAAGUGGUUGGAAAUGGCACCUAUGGACAAGUCUAUAAGGGUCGACAUGUUAAAACAGGUCAGCUGGCAGCCAUCAAAGUUAUGGAUGUCACUGAGGAUGAAGAGGAAGAAAUCAAACUGGAGAUAAAUAUGUUGAAGAAAUAUUCUCAUCAUAGAAAUAUUGCAACCUAUUAUGGUGCUUUCAUUAAAAAGAGCCCUCCAGGACAUGAUGACCAACUCUGGCUUGUUAUGGAGUUCUGUGGGGCUGGGUCCAUUACAGACCUUGUGAAGAACACCAAAGGGAACACACUCAAGGAAGACUGGAUAGCUUACAUCUCCAGAGAAAUCCUAAGGGGCCUGGCACAUCUUCACAUCCAUCAUGUGAUUCACCGGGACAUCAAGGGCCAGAAUGUAUUGCUGACUGAGAAUGCAGAGGUGAAACUUGUUGAUUUCGGUGUGAGUGCUCAGCUCGACCGGACGGUUGGGAGGAGAAAUACCUUCAUAGGCACCCCUUACUGGAUGGCUCCUGAGGUCAUCGCCUGUGAUGAGAACCCAGAUGCCACCUACGAUUACAGAAGUGACCUUUGGUCUUGUGGUAUUACAGCCAUUGAGAUGGCAGAAGGUGCUCCCCCUCUCUGUGACAUGCAUCCAAUGAGAGCACUGUUUCUCAUUCCCAGAAACCCUCCUCCCAGGCUGAAGUCAAAAAAAUGGUCAAAGAAAUUUUUUAGUUUUAUAGAAGGGUGCCUGGUGAAGAAUUACAUGCAGCGACCCUCCACAGAGCAGCUUUUGAAACAUCCUUUUAUAAGGGAUCAGCCAAAUGAAAGGCAAGUUAGAAUCCAGCUUAAGGACCAUAUAGACCGGACCAGAAAGAAGAGAGGAGAGAAAGAUGAAACCGAGUAUGAGUACAGUGGAAGUGAGGAAGAAGAGGAGGAAGUGCCUGAACAGGAAGGAGAGCCAAGCUCCAUCGUCAACGUGCCUGGUGAGUCAACGCUUCGGCGGGAUUUCUUGAGACUGCAGCAGGAGAACAAGGAACGUUCUGAGGCUCUUCGGAGACAGCAGUUACUACAGGAGCAACAGCUCCGGGAGCAAGAAGAAUAUAAAAGGCAGCUGCUGGCAGAGAGGCAGAAACGGAUUGAGCAACAGAAAGAACAGAGGCGUCGACUAGAAGAGCAACAAAGGAGAGAGCGGGAAGCUAGAAGGCAGCAAGAACGUGAGCAGCGAAGGAGGGAACAAGAAGAGAAGAGGCGUCUGGAGGAACUGGAGAGAAGACGGAAAGAAGAAGAAGAGAGGAGGCGGGCAGAAGAAGAAAAGAGGAGAGUUGAAAGAGAACAGGAGUAUAUCAGGCGACAGCUAGAAGAGGAGCAGCGGCACUUGGAAAUCCUUCAGCAGCAGCUGCUCCAGGAGCAGGCCAUGUUACUGGAGUGCCGAUGGCGGGAGAUGGAGGAGCACCGGCAGGCAGAGAGGCUCCAGAGGCAGUUGCAACAAGAACAAGCAUAUCUCCUGUCUCUACAGCAUGACCACAGGAGGCCGCACCCGCAGCAGCAGCAGCCACCGCAGCAGGAAAGGAGCAAGCCAAGCUAUCACGCUCCGGAGCCUAAGCCCCACUAUGAGCCCGCUGACAGAGCUCGAGAGGUGGAAGAUAGAUUUAGGAAAACUAACCACAGCUCCCCUGAAGCCCAGUGUAAGCAGACAGGCAGAGUAUUGGAGCCACCAGUGCCUUCCAGAUCAGAGUCUUUUUCCAAUGGCAACUCCGAGUCUGUGCAUCCUGCCCUGCAGAGACCAGCUGAGCCACAGGUACAGUGGUCCCACCUGGCAUCUCUCAAGAACAAUGUUUCCCCUGUCUCGCGAUCCCAUUCCUUCAGUGACCCUUCUCCUCCCAAAUUUGCACACCACCAUCUUCGCUCUCAGGACCCAUGUCCACCUUCCCGCAGUGAGGUGCUAAGUCAGAGUUCUGACUCUAAGUCGGAGGUACCUGACCCCACCCAAAAGGCUUGGUCUAGAUCAGACAGUGACGAGGUGCCUCCAAGGGUUCCUGUGAGGACAACAUCUCGUUCCCCUGUUCUGUCCCGUCGGGAUUCCCCACUGCAAGGCAGUGGACAGCAAAAUAGCCAAGCCGGUCAAAGAAACUCCACCAGCAGUAUUGAGCCCAGGCUGCUGUGGGAGAGAGUGGAGAAACUGGUGCCCAGGCCUGGCAGUGGCAGCUCCUCGGGGUCCAGCAACUCAGGAUCCCAGCCAGGGUCCCAUCCGGGGUCUCAGAGCGGCUCUGGGGAGCGCUUCAGAGUGAGAUCAUCGUCCAAAUCUGAAGGCUCUCCAUCUCAGCGCCUAGAAAAUGCAGUGAAAAAACCUGAAGAAAAGAAAGAAAUUUUCAGACCUCUCAAACCUGCUGGCGAAGUGGAUUUGACUGCACUGGCCAAAGAGCUUCGAGCAGUGGAAGAUGUGCGACCACCACACAAAGUGACAGACUAUUCCUCAUCCAGUGAGGAGUCAGGGACGACAGAUGAGGAAGACGAUGAUGUAGAACAAGAAGGGGCGGAGGAAGCCACCUCUGGACCAGAGGACACCAGAGCAGCGUCGUCUCUGAAUUUGAGCAAUGGUGAAACAGAGUCGGUGAAAACCAUGAUUGUCCAUGAUGAUGUAGAAAGUGAGCCAGCCAUGACCCCAUCCAAGGAGGGCACUCUCAUCGUCCGCCAGAGUACAGUUGACCAAAAGCGCGCCAGCCAUCAUGAGAGCAAUGGCUUUGCCGGUCGCAUUCACCUCUUGCCAGAUCUCUUACAGCAAAGCCAUUCCUCCUCCACUUCCUCCACCUCCUCCUCCCCAUCCUCCAGCCAGCCGACACCCACCAUGUCCCCACAGACACCCCAGGACAAGCUCACUACUAAUGAGACUCAGUCCGCUAGUAGCACACUCCAGAAACACAAAUCUUCCUCCUCCUUUACACCUUUUAUAGACCCCAGAUUACUACAGAUUUCUCCAUCUAGUGGGACAACAGUGACUUCUGUGGUGGGAUUUUCCUGUGAUGGAAUGAGACCAGAAGCCAUAAGGCAAGAUCCUACCCGGAAGGGCUCAGUGGUCAAUGUGAAUCCCACCAACACUAGGCCACAGAGUGACACCCCGGAGAUUCGUAAAUAUAAGAAAAGAUUUAACUCCGAGAUUCUGUGCGCUGCCUUAUGGGGAGUGAAUUUGUUAGUGGGUACAGAGAGUGGCCUGAUGCUGCUGGACAGAAGUGGCCAAGGAAAGGUAUAUCCUCUGAUUAACCGAAGACGAUUUCAACAGAUGGAUGUCCUUGAAGGCUUGAAUGUCUUGGUGACAAUAUCUGGCAAAAAGGAUAAGUUACGUGUCUACUAUUUGUCCUGGUUAAGAAACAAAAUACUUCACAAUGAUCCAGAAGUUGAAAAGAAACAGGGUUGGACAACUGUGGGAGAUUUGGAAGGAUGUGUACACUACAAAGUUGUAAAAUAUGAAAGAAUCAAAUUUCUGGUAAUUGCUUUGAAGAGUUCUGUGGAGGUCUAUGCGUGGGCACCCAAGCCAUAUCACAAAUUUAUGGCCUUUAAGUCAUUUGGAGAAUUGGUACAUAAGCCAUUGCUGGUGGAUCUCACUGUGGAGGAAGGCCAGAGGCUGAAAGUGAUCUAUGGAUCCUGUGCUGGAUUCCAUGCUGUAGAUGUGGAUUCAGGAUCCGUCUAUGACAUUUAUCUACCAACACACGUAAGAAAGAACCCACACUCUAUGAUCCAGUGUAGCAUCAAACCCCAUGCGAUCAUCAUCCUCCCCAACACAGAUGGCAUGGAGCUUCUGGUGUGCUAUGAAGAUGAAGGGGUUUAUGUGAAUACCUAUGGAAGAAUCACCAAGGAUGUGGUCUUGCAGUGGGGGGAGAUGCCAACAUCUGUAGCAUAUAUUCGAUCCAAUCAAACGAUGGGCUGGGGAGAAAAGGCCAUAGAGAUCCGAUCUGUGGAAACUGGUCACUUGGAUGGUGUGUUUAUGCACAAAAGGGCUCAAAGACUAAAAUUCCUAUGUGAACGCAACGACAAGGUCUUCUUUGCCUCUGUUCGGUCUGGGGGCAGCAGUCAGGUUUAUUUCAUGACAUUAGGCAGGACUUCUCUUCUGAGCUGGUAGAUGCAGUGUGAUGAGGCUUGCUGGCCCCCAGAGUCUUCAAGAUCCUGAGAACUUGGAAUUCCUUGCAACUGGAGCUCAGAACUGCACCGGUUUGGUCCAGGACAGCAAACACCACGUGUGGGGUUUUUGUUUUGUUUUGUUUCGUUUUUGUUUCCUUUCUGCACCUCUUACCAGUUUAUCCCCCUUCUUUUCUUUUUCCUACUCAAAAAUAAAUCAAGGCUGCAAUGCAGCUGGUGCUGUUCACAUUCUACCAUCAGGUGCUAUAAGUGUUUGGGAUCGAGCGUCAGACCAGAAGGCAAACGCCUUUCCUUCAGCUCCAGAAUUCCUUGUUUCUGAGUGACUCUUAUGGGUGUCAAAGGUGGAGACCGUGAACAUGCCAUUGGUUUUGUUGGAAAUGGGCACAUGGAGGUGUAAUAUGGUGGUCUAAUGAGCAGUUUGCUAAAGCAGAGAGCAGAUUUAAUAUAGUAACAUUAACAGUGUAUUUAAUUGACAUUUCUUUUUUGUAAUGUGACAAUAUGUGGACAAAGAAGAAGGUGCAGGUUUAAGAAGUUAAUAUUUAUAAAAUGUGAAAGACAUGUUACUAGGAUAACUUUUGUGGGUGGGGCUUGGGAGGCAGGGUGGGGUGGGUUAAGGGGGUCCCAUUUUGUUUAUUUGGAUUUUUUUUUGGCUUGGCCAAAAACUGUCAUUUUUCUGUGUACCAGGUUUUGCCUAAAUCAUGUGCAGAUGGUUCUUAAAAAAAAAAAAAAAAAAAAAAAAAAAGGACAAAGAAAAUGUGUGCAUUUGUAUAAUGGCCAGAACUUUGUUGUGUGACAGUAUUAGCACUGCCUCAGUUAAAGGUUUAAUUUUUGUUUAAACCUAGAAGUGCAACAACAGUUUUACCACAGUCUGCACUUGCAGAGGAAAAGAAAUUUUUCAACCACAUGUUUAUUUUUUUUGCCUACCUCAUUGUUUGUAAUGCAUUAAGAGGUGGUUUAGUUUCUGUUUCUUGGAGGAAAACAUUAAUGUUUAAUUUAAUCUUAAUACCAAAACUAUCAGAUUGAAGUUUGACAGUUAAUUUGUCACAGGUCUCAAUAGGCACAAGAGAAAUUGUCCCUGAAGAUGGGAAAUAGCCAUAUGGCUUCAUCAUGCUCACAGAUACAGUCUGUUUUCUAAGUUCACAGGGCAGAAUGCUUCGUUUUCACCAGAUGCACCAUUAGUGGUUGAUGGGCAACUGUGGCCUACAACAUAAAAGAGGCCUCAAUGCUCUCUGUUCGGGGUUUGGUAGCAGAUGGGUGGUCAUACUAGAAUAGUCACACAAACUGUUCAGUGUUGCAGGAACCUUUUCUUGGGGUGGGGGAGGGGUGGUGUUUCCCUUUUCUAAAAAUGCAAUGCACUAAAACUAUUUUAAGAAUGUAGUUAAUACUGCUUAUUCAUAAGAUGGCAUCUUCUUGUGUUUUAGGUGUAAUAUCAAAGCCCUGGCUUUUCUCCUCUCACUUGCUCUCUUGUUCUCUCUCUGUUUUUUAAACCAGUUUUACUUUAUGAAUAUGUUCAUGACAUUUGUAAUAAAUGUCUUGGGUAAUAAUUUGUUAUAUGGCUUCAUGGUCACUCAAUUCCUCUGAGACUGUUAAUCUCUUGGUAAAGGAGCAAUGCUCUGUGUCCUGGCUCUGCCAGCUUACUCUCCUCUUGUGGAGUUUGAGUGGGAGUAUUGUGUGAUGGUGGCUUUAAACUUUGUUUACCAAACAGAACUUGGUGUUUCCUAGGCUUAAUCCUCCUUUGUGGGUAAGUUUCUUUUACAGCAUGAAAAAGGAGGAUUUUCCUCCCAAAAAGAUAACAGUCAUUUUUACCUGUCAGGGCUUUGUCCAGCAUUCUUAUCCUAUUUGGUGUCCACUUUGACCCCUAUCAUUCUCUUCUUCUUGGUUCAGCAUCUUUGCCAAAGGCUGUCCUGGAAUUACAAAAACCUAGCAAGAAACAGAUACACUCACAGGUACAAAAACAACACAGAUGUACCUACUACCCACAAAGACAAGAUAAGCUGAAAAGGCUUUGCCGUCUUCUGAAAAGGACAAAAGCAUUGGAAAAGGCUUUUUCCAUCUCUAAGACUUUGGAGUGAUGCUAAUGUCCAAAGCAGGAGGGACUAGUUCUUUUCUACUAAUCUGUAGUUAACAUAGAGAAGAUUGAAGAAUUAAUCUCACCUAUGGAAGGGACUUUUUUGAGAUGGGCCAGAUGCCAUCACCAUAGGACUUCAGUCAAAAUCAAAUUAAUGCUGGUGAUUUCCUGUGUGUUUUGGCUUUUUGAGUAAGAGUGAAAUGUGCCACAGUGAGCAUGUGUGCAUGCCAAUAGGAGAAAGAACUGGAUGGCAGGGUUGAUUAUAGCCUCUCGCAUGACUUCACAGAGAGGUAAAGUUGAGCGGGUGUGGGGGUGGGGACAAAACUAAACUUCUGAUACCAAUAAGGAAGAGAAAAGACUUGAGGCAUCCGGGUCUCAGCUAUCACAUAUACACAGACCUGAAGCUCAGUAUCUGUAAGGCAAGGGGGGGUGCACAGGUAAUACAAAUGGUUUUUCAUUGGAAUUACUGAGUAGUUAGAACUUGACAGAAGCUGGAUUUCCUUUCCAAGGUGAUGGGGUCUGAGCUCAAGCCAGAAUAGGGCCUGUCCUCAUGCAGCAGCAGGCAGCCAUCGGGGGCACUCUUGUGGUAUUUGCAUGGAAUGUGAUUACAUCCAUCUCUGGGUUUAAGUCACUUGAGGUCAGACAGCCAUUUGUGGUGGGGGCAGGCAGGGAUGGGGCAAGGCAGGUGCCUCGUGUGUGUGCUUUCCUUGCUUUCCUGGCCUCAGCACCUCAUAAACCAGAUUAUGUUGCUGCAGCUUCAUGGAUGUGCCCAGUUAGUUUUCUCCAUAAAAGAUUAUGAGCAGGUGAUAUGUUAUUCUUCUAGAGAAGGGAUGGUUGGUUUGUUUUUUUCCUUUAACAGGGUAGUGACUUCACAAAAGUGCCAAAAUGGCAAAAACUACAAGAGAAAACAGUAUUAUGAUACUAUUACUAUUUAUAUUUAGCACUGCUCUUCAAAACAAAAUACAGGUAUGUCUGUAGGUGUAGUCAUAGCUUCAAUAAGUAAUACCUUUCUGUAUUUAAAUCAGAGUAACUGUAUUGAGUGCAGUGUUUUUUUCCUCAUGCACAUGUUACGUUGAAAAUGUUUACAAAAAUGGUUUUGUUACACUAAUGUGCAUCAUAUAUUUAUGGUUUAUUUUUAAAAGUGAUUUUUUAUUUUAUUUAGGUUUUUGUCUUAUAGUCCAGUUACAGUGAUUCAUAAUCCCUAACUUUGCCAAUUAUAAAUUUGCUAAACAGUAAUACAAAUGACAGACUGCAUUAAAUUUAUUAAUCCUAGAGCUACAAAGCAGACUGGUGGCAAGAACAUGGCCUUCCCCCACCCCCCAGUGCUAACUUGUCUUCUGUGUAUUAUGAAAAUUACUGUUGGCCCCUCCCCCCUUUCUCUUUAAAUAAAAUAAAAAUGACACCUAUCUUAUGUGGCAUGAGUUUCAAAUAUAUCCUGAUCCUUCAAAAUGUUACCUUCCCAAAGAAUCCAUAUUUAUGCAUACCUCCAUCCCCAGCACCACUCUUGGCUAGCGAGGGUGCCUCCAUAUCCUGCCAUCUCCUGUAACAGGGAUGUUUGUUCAUGGGGAGCUCUUGAUCACCGUGUUCUUAAAGCCAAGAAUGGGUAAAGCUGAUCCUUAAGGAAGAUGCAGGGUUUUAUUUUUGCAAGUCUGAAUUCAAUAAAAAAACAGCAUGAUGUCUCUGUAUCUAACAGGACAAUUGAAGUACCCUUUCUCAAAUUGGCACCAUAAGUACUAACUUAAGCCUAGUAAUUGGAAGGCCUUUGUGGCCAAGGCCUUGGCGUGUCCCCGAUUGAUUCCCCCCCGAGAUCUGGCAGGUAUGAUCCCCACUGGAUAGAUGUGGGGUCAUAUCACCAUGAUCAGCGCCUUGGCCAAGCCUCCAGGGUUGCAGAGGGUGGCCACACAACAUUAUCAUAAAUUAAAUCUUAAUAACUAGCUCCUUUGUGCUUCAUAUUAGAAACAUGUCAUUUCUCUAAGGUAAAAAUAAAAUUAUAAAUACCUAGGCCACCAAAUGAGUUUGUUUUUUUUUCUUUUCCUGCUUGAUAAUUUGGUGCAACUGGUGGAUGAUUAGGAAUAAAAAUCUGGUGGAGGGCUAGUUUUCUUGGAACCAUGAUUCAGCCCUCCUUAAUCCUCUACUGCUGUGGAUCUCACUUAAAGCUAGCAACCAGAAUGAAAUCAGCCCCUACAAUUGACGCCAGCUCAAUGUUUUGACAUCACAUUAAGACUUCAGUGAAAUUGCUACUUUUUCUGCCAUCUCUGACUUUAACAACAACAGAUGCCCUUGUUUCAUUUGCUCAGUAUGGUUAACCCUUGAACAGCAUGGGGGUUGGGCUUACCGGUCCCUUGUACCAUCCAAACUCUUGAGUGUAACUUAGGACUCCCCCCAAAACUAUCUAGUGGCCAACUGUUGCUUGAUUGGAAGCCUUACCAAUAAAAUAGUCAACUCACCCUAUUUUGUAUAUUUAUAUACUGUAUUUUUAAAGUAGGCUAGAAAAAAGAAAAUGUUAUUAAAGUAAUAAGAGAAAAAUACAUUUGCAAUCAUGUACUGUAAAUAAGCCACAUGUAAGUGGAUCCAGACAGUUCAAACCUGUUUUCAAGGGUUGACUUAUGUUGUUAGAAAGUAAAACUGAAAAAAAA